CAGGGUCCAGGUGGCGGCCUCAGCUCCUGGCCUCAGUGGCUGUCGGUAGAAUGGGUUGGAGAACCAGCCUCCAGCGGUCUCACAUAGCAAGCAGGCAGCGCAGCCUGGAACCCAGCCAAGGGACGCAGGAAUCCUUUCUGUUUUUUAAGGACAGACUUUGCUUUACCACAGCGGUCGCUCUUGGGGCCACACGGAAAGCCACCACUAAGUUUACUAUAAAGUGACAGAGGCUGGUGUCUCUGGGAGAAUGAGGAAUAGUCACUUCCUGCCUUUGUCCAUUAGUGCCGACCAAAGCGACCAGCUCCGUUUACAUUCUUUCAGUGGUGUUGUUGAAAAGGCUUGGCAGCUCCCAAAUGUUUGCAGUGUCCUGAGUCCUAUGAGGGCUGCCUCCUUCUUCUUUUUUUUUUUUUUUUUUUUUUUUUUUUUUUUUGCUAGCUUUUAGCUAGUAUCUGGAAAGAUCUACCAGACGUGUCGGACUCAUUUUCUCAAGAAUCCACUUUACCCUUCAGGGAAGCCAGGAAAAGAACACGCUUCCAACCGGUACAAGUCUGGAGGAAUUUCACAGCCUUUCAAACUACGGAGUCCCCGGCGUGCAGUGGAGCCCCGCUGGGGGAAAUGUCAGCUUGGACCAUGGGCGCCCGCGGUCUGGACAAGCGAGGAAGUUUCUUUAAGCUCAUUGACACAAUUGCCUCGGAGAUCGGAGAACUGAAACAGGAGAUGGUGCAGACAGAUGUCAGCCUGGAAAAUGGCCUGGAACCCGCUGAAACCCACAGCAUGGUAAGACACAAGGAUGGUGGCUAUUCCGAGGAAGAGGACGUGAAGACCUGUGCCCGGGACUCAGGCUAUGACAGCCUCUCCAACAGGCUCAGCAUCUUGGACCGGCUUCUCCACACCCACCCCAUAUGGCUGCAGCUGGGUCUGAGUGAGGAGGAGGCAGCAGAGGUCCUGCAGGCCCAGCCUCCGGGGAUCUUCCUGGUUCAUAAAUCUACCAAAAUGCAGAAGAAAGUCCUCUCCCUCCGCCUGCCCUGUGAAUUUGGGGCCCCACUCAAGGAAUUUGCCAUAAAGGAAAGCACAUACACCUUUUCCCUGGAAGGCUCAGGAAUCAGUUUUGCAGAUUUAUUCCGGCUCAUUGCUUUCUACUGCAUCAGCAGGGAUGUUCUGCCGUUUACCUUGAAGUUGCCUUAUGCCAUUUCAACAGCCAAGUCGGAGGCUCAGCUUGAAGAACUGGCCCAGAUGGGACUAAAUUUCUGGAGCUCCCCAGCUGACAGCAAACCCCCGAACCCUCCACCUCCCCAUAGGCCUCUGUCCUCCGACGGUGUGUGUCCUGCCUCCCUGCGUCAGCUCUGCCUUAUAAAUGGAGUGCAUUCUAUCAAAACCAGGACGCCUUCAGAGCUGGAGUGCAGCCAGACCAACGGGGCCCUGUGCUUUAUUAAUCCCCUUUUCUUGAAAGUGCACAGCCAGGACCUCAGUGGAGGCCUGAAACGGCCGAGCACAAGGACUCCCAACGCGAAUGGCACGGAGCGGACUCGGUCCCCCCCACCCAGGCCCCCGCCACCCGCUAUUAAUAGUCUCCACACAAGCCCUCGGCUGGCCAGGACUGAAACCCAGACGAGCAUGCCAGAAACAGUCAACCAUAACAAACAUGGGAACGUAGCUCUGCCUGGAACGAAACCAACUCCCAUCCCUCCACCCCGGCUGAAGAAGCAGGCUUCUUUUCUGGAAGCAGAGGGCGGCGCAAAGACCUUGAGCGGCGGCCGGCCGGGCGCGGGCCGGGAGCUGGAGCUGGGCACAGCUGGCAGCCCAGGUGGGGUCCCGCCUGAGGCCGCCCCGGGGGAUUGCACAAGGGCCCCGCCGCCCAGCUCUGAAUCACGGCCCCCGUGCCAUGGAGGCCGGCAGCGGCUGAGCGACAUGAGCAUUUCUACUUCCUCCUCCGACUCGCUGGAGUUCGACCGGAGCAUGCCUCUGUUUGGCUACGAGGCGGACACCAACAGCAGCCUGGAGGACUACGAGGGGGAGAGUGACCAGGAGACCAUGGCGCCCCCCAUCAAGUCCAAAAAGAAAAGGAGCAGCUCCUUCGUGCUGCCCAAGCUCGUCAAGUCCCAGCUGCAGAAGGUGAGCGGGGUGUUCAGCUCCUUCAUGACCCCGGAGAAGCGGAUGGUCCGCAGGAUCGCCGAGCUGUCCCGGGACAAAUGCACCUACUUCGGGUGCCUAGUGCAGGACUACGUGAGCUUCCUGCAGGAGAACAAGGAGUGCCACGUGUCCAGCACCGACAUGCUGCAGACUAUCCGGCAGUUCAUGACCCAGGUCAAGAACUAUUUGUCUCAGAGCUCGGAGCUGGACCCCCCCAUCGAGUCGCUGAUCCCUGAAGACCAAAUAGAUGUGGUGCUGGAAAAAGCCAUGCACAAGUGCAUCUUGAAGCCUCUCAAGGGGCACGUGGAGGCCAUGCUGAAGGACUUUCACAUGGCCGACGGCUCAUGGAAGCAACUCAAGGAGAACCUGCAGCUUGUGCGGCAGAGGAAUCCGCAGGAGCUGGGGGUCUUCGCCCCGACCCCUGAUUUUGUGGAUGUGGAGAAAAUCAAAGUCAAGUUUAUGACCAUGCAGAAGAUGUAUUCACCAGAAAAGAAGGUCAUGCUGCUGCUGCGGGUCUGCAAGCUCAUUUACACGGUCAUGGAGAACAACUCAGGGAGGAUGUAUGGCGCUGAUGACUUCUUGCCAGUCCUGACCUAUGUCAUAGCCCAGUGUGACAUGCUUGAAUUGGACACUGAAAUCGAGUACAUGAUGGAGCUCCUAGACCCAUCGCUGUUACAUGGAGAAGGAGGCUAUUACUUGACAAGCGCAUACGGAGCACUUUCUCUGAUAAAGAAUUUCCAAGAAGAACAAGCAGCGCGACUGCUCAGCUCAGAAACCAGAGACACCCUGAGGCAGUGGCACAAACGGAGAACCACCAACCGGACCAUCCCCUCUGUGGACGACUUCCAGAAUUACCUCCGAGUUGCAUUUCAGGAGGUCAACAGUGGUUGCACAGGAAAGACGCUCCUUGUGAGACCUUAUAUCACCACCGAGGAUGUGUGUCAGAUCUGCGCUGAGAAGUUCAAGGUGGGGGACCCUGAGGAGUACAGCCUCUUUCUCUUCGUUGACGAGACAUGGCAGCAGCUGGCAGAGGACACUUACCCUCAAAAAAUCAAGGCAGAGCUGCACAGUCGACCACAGCCCCACAUCUUCCACUUUGUCUACAAACGCAUCAAGAACGAUCCUUACGGCGUCAUUUUCCAGAACGGAGAAGAUGACCUCACCACCUCCUAGAAGAGAGGCAGGACUUCCCAGUGGUGCAUCCAAAGGGGAGCUGGAAGCCUUGCCUUCUGGCUUCUAUGUGCUUGAGCUUGAAAAGCAGUCACCUCCUCGGGGACCCCUCCGUUUAGUGACUAAGCCAUCCACAGGCCAACUCAGCCAAGGGCAGCUUUAGCCACGCAAGGUAGCUGAGGUUCGUGAAACAGUAGGAUUCCCUUUUGGCAAUGGAGAAUUGUAUUUGAUGGUUGAAGUGUCCUGAGAUUGUUUGCUACCUACCCCCAGUCAGGUUCUAGGUUGGCUUACAUGUAUGUAUAUGUGCAGAAGAAACACUUCAGAUACAAGUUCUUUUGAAUUCAACAGCAGAUGUUUGCGAUGCAGUGCGUCAGGUGAUUCUCACUCCUGUGGAUGGCCUCAUCCCUUCCUGCCUUCCUUUUUCCUUUUUUUUUUUUUUUUUUUUUUUUACAAAGAGCCUUCAUGUUUUUAUAUAUUUCAUAGAAAUUUUUAUAGCAGUUGCAGGUAAACUGUCAGGAUUGGUUUUUAAAAUAUUUUUGUAACUUUAAAAUAUUCUAUAAUUAUGCAUGUGAUUUUAACAUUUAAUAUUCAAAAAUAAAUCUCUUGCUGGAUUUGAGAGUAUUGCAUUUUUAAAGUCUCUCUUCUGUAACUGGAUGUUUUGGCAACUUUGUGGGGAGAGACUGCUGGAUUUCUUAAAGCAACGUAUUCCUGACACUGGCCACAGAAUGCCUUUGGAAAUCGGAUGUACUGUUCUCUUGUUCACGUUUAGUGGUGUUUUGCUGUUUUGUUUUUUAAACAAAUGAUGCUGAGAAUAAGGAGAGAAAUGAAUGUAGCGAGAGGUAGAGAGAGAAAUACGGACUCUAACGAAGGACUGAGGAGUGCAGUCUGCUGGUUCAGGCUCUUCGAAAGAUGUAGAAAAAGAGAUAGAAGGAACCACCUACGCUUAAAAUACUGUAAAUAUGCAAUGAGGUUUGGCAAAAUCUAUUCCAUGUGUGAUUUGCUUUUAGAAACAAUUUUGAAAGCCCCUUGAGAAAAAUAAAAAUCAAGAAGAACACCUUUUCUCCCUUUUCCAUCGAAAUUAAAACUAACAGCAUCAAAUUAUUGGGACCAGAAACCAAGUAAUGUAUAAUGUGGCUUUUGUUGAGUUAAAUAAGGUGCUGUAUAAUGGAGAAGAAUUCGAAAAUGCACACACAAAAAAAAUCUACAUUAUCAGAACCUGCAGUGAAGUUAAACUUAACGUUAAAUAAAACCAGCUUGCAGGUGCACAAACUAUGAGGGUCUUGUAUCCAUGUAACACAGGUAGUUACAAAAACAUGUUAUUGUACUGUGUAAAGAUGCGUAGUCAUCUAAUUUGGUUGGCUUUGUACCUUGUACCUUUUUUAGCCUUGGCUUUUGUUGAACUAGAACCCUCAGCACAUACUGUGUUGUACUUUUGUAAAUGAUUUUUUAAAUGGAAUUUUGCACAUAAUACAUUGUAAUACUGUAUGAUAAUCAUGUGUGAAAAUAAUUUUUGAAAUAUC